AUGCAUUUCCUUAAGGUCAUGAACCAUCCGAUAUUUAAAUGCGAGCUGAGGAUAGGGCCGUCGGCAACAAACUUUCGGUCGCGGCGGGAGAGCGGACGGGAACGGUCUGGCGGCUGCGGUCGCCAGCUUUCAACUAGCCUCGAACUCUCCGCGCUUGAAGUGUCUAGUUCUACGCAGCCACUCUCCUCUGCCCUCGCCAGUGGGAACCGGACG